UGUUGAGUAAUUUCUUCUCUAAAGAAGACAAUAUUUGCUAUACUUCUUUGUUUAUAUGUUUUAUUUAUAGUUGGUACGUGAGACUAAAUAAUUUUGGUGUCUUUGAUUUUUCAGAUGACAAGUAGUGCCAGUUUGUAAAUUAAAAACCUCAGACAACAUAAAAUAUAUGUUUGGAUGCCGUGAAUUAGUUUUAAUUACUAUUUUAAAUAUUCUGUAAUCUGAAAUACAUCAGAGUAAUUUUAAUAUUAUGCCUCCAUUAACUAUUGUACCAAGAAGUGAUUGGGGUGCUUUACCCCCUCAAAAGGAAAUUGCUGACCUUCCUAAACCUGUCCUUAAAGUGCUGAUGACUAAAACAAGGACACUACCUUGCAAUAAUGACGAAGAAUGCAAAUUUCAUAUUAGGAAGAUGCAGGCAUUUCACAUGGGAAAAGGAUUUGAGGACAUCGCUUACAAUUUCAUAAUCACCCCCGAUGCUAAGGUGUAUGAGGGGAGAGGAUGGUACAAAGUGGCACCAACCCCUGUUGAACGUCCGGAGUUCAAGGAUGCGGCUUUAGUCAUCGCUCACAUUGGAGACUAUCCAGUACUCGAUCCAGUGCGAAAACAAAUGGAUAAAAUUAUGUACAAACUGUUAGAUUAUGGCAUGGAGUUAAAAAUAAUCAAUGCUGGAAACUGCGAUUUUGAGCUUACUGAAGAAGAUCCCUGGGUGGACAAUGGUAUACUAGCAAAAGUGUUUGCCAGAAUGUUUGAUAAAGCUUGACCACUAGUUAUUACAGAAUAAAUG